AUGGUGGCAAAAGCUGCUCAGGUGGAAUCAGAUCUACAGCUCCAAAGUCCAAGGUUUCAUACCAAAGAUGAAGAAGAAGGCCAUGGCAAUGAGGACCGUGUCACUCUCAUCAAGGACUACCGUAGCAAGAUUGAAGUUGCAUCCAGCAAGGUCUGUGAUGGAAUCCUCAAGCUCAUUGAUUCCCACAUUGUCCCCUCAUCUACAGCUCCAAAGUCCAAGGUUGAAUCCAGGUGUAUCAGGUACCUUAUGGAGUUUAAAACUGGAUCUGAGAAGAAGGAUGCAGCCGAGAACACCAUGGUGGCAUACAAAGCUGCUCAGAGUUGGCCCCCACCCAUCCUAUUAGGAUUGGGCUGGUGCUCAACUUCUCAACUCUCCUGA